UCUUACCUUGCCACUUAAACCGGUGCUUCCUCUUCUUUACCCCUCAGAAGCUUCCUCUUACAAGUAAGAGAAGAUUCCAAUUUUCCUUCGUUCUCUCAUUUCCCGUGUCUUCUUAUUUUCAUGUACGUUCUGUUCCUGCGUAUAAAUACAAAACACUAAUUAACAAUUUAACAUUCAUUUCACUUUCAUUUCCCUAUUAUCAAUCAAAUCAGAGUUUUCUCUUCACAAUCCUCUUUCUACCUACUACUUCCAUUUUCGCGUAUUUUCAUUUUUUCUCGAUUAAACAAAACAAUCAACUAUUUCCCCUUUCCCCAACUUUCUCGGAUUCUAGGUCAAUUUUCUCUUCAAAACCUUUUCGCUUUUGAAGAAUCGCACUUUUCCUCUCUUUUGUAAAUUAGGUCGUGAAUUGGCAAAACCUCAGUGGUAAGAAAUCAACAACAUGUUCUUCAGCGGCGAUCCUUCUAAUCGCAAACGCGUCGAUUUAGGUGGUCGCAGCACGAAGGAAAGGGACAGGAAGAAUCUUCUAGAACAGACGCGAUUGGAACGUAAUCGGCGUUUGUGGUUGCGUCAGCAGAACUCUGCUGCACUUAGGAUUCAGAAAUGCUUCAGAGCGAGAAAAGUUGUCAGGAUAGAACAGUCUAAGCUGCGAGAGAAAUUCCUUAGAAUCUAUGGAAAGAACUGCCCUAACGUUGACAGGAAUGCUUUUGGUCCAGAUUCUGAUUUCCUCCGCCAGUUCCUCUAUUUCUUUAAUGCGGAAAAUAUUGAUGAUUUUUUAGUUCUAGUGCAAAUUUGCCGAUUGCUUCUAAAGUGUGUUCAAGAGAAUGGGGAUGUUGUGAGUCUUUUUGCUGGCGUGGAUUACUCGUCCAUAUGUGCUUUGGUGAACUACCGCGUGAAGAAACUUGCAUAUACUUGUAUUCGUGCAGUACAUCAUAAUAGAAAUCAGUUGAAGGAUCAACUUUUAUUGACUCCAAACGAGUCUAGUGCAUCAGCUAUUCCUUUAUUGGAAGUUCUAGUUCUUUUGUUAGAUCUCAAACUGCCAUGGAGCUGUAAGAUAGUAGGAUAUCUCUCUCAAAACAAUGGAUUUGGCCUACUUAGGGAGAUUAUUCUUAUGGGAAAGGAUAAUGCAAACAGAGAAAAAGGAUCAUCUUUGGAGCGUGUGCUCACAGUUGUGAUGUGUCACAUUGGUCAGAAACCAUGUCUCUGUUCAGACAUUGAUCCAAGAUAUAGCUUCUCAUCGCAGAUCCUUACAAUUCCUUUCUUAUGGCAUGUUUUUCCUAACUUAAGACAGGUUUUUGCAAGACAGGGCCUGAGCCAACAUUACAUUCAUCUAAUGGCAACAUCUGUGCCAAAUUUGAUCAGUUUUCUACCUAAGGAUAUAUCAGAUGAAUUUCCUACCUAUGCCUGUCUUCUUGGAAAUAUAUUAGAAACUGGUGGAGUUGCAUUGUCUCAACCUGACUGUUCAUUCAAUAUGGCUAUAGACCUUGCAGCUGUUACUACAUUUUUACUGGAGGCGCACCCCUCUCUUACAAGAUCUGAUAGUAGAGAAAAUUCUAUGAUUGCUGAGGAUGAUAUGGCUGGCGAUGAUGAAGUAAUGGAAGUAGCUUUAGAUAAGAAAUUGGAUCAACAAAUUUGUAAUUCCAUAGAUACUCGCUUCCUUUUGCAACUGACAAACAUAUUAUUCAGAGAAAUUUCAUCUGCCAAUGGGCCAGAUGAUAUGGAGGUUGCAGCUGUUGGUGCAGUUUGUGGGUUUUUAUAUGUUAUCUUCAACACAUUGCCACUUGAAAGGAUUAUGACGGUGCUCGCCUACAGAACUGAACUUGUUCCUAUGCUUUGGAAUUUUAUGAAGCGGUGCCAUGAGAACAAAAAAUGGUCAUCACUGUCUGAGCGGUUAUCAUACCUCUCAGGGGAUGCCCCGGGCUGGCUGUUACCCCUGGCUGUAUUCUGCCCUGUUUACAAGCAUAUGCUUACGAUAGUUGACAAUGAGGAAUUUUAUGAGCAGGAGAAACCUUUAUCACUGAAGGAUAUCAGCAGCCUCAUCAUUCUAUUGAAGCAGGCUCUGUGGCAGCUACUGUGGGUAAAUCAUACCUCAUCUGCUAAUUCGGUUAGAUCUAUUCCAGUUAGGACAAGCAGUAAAAAGCUCUCUAUGGAAGCUGUUCAACAGAGGGUUAGCAUAGUUGUCUCUGAGCUCCUGUCCCAGCUGCAAGAUUGGAACAACAGACGACAGUUUACAUCCCCCAGUGACUUCCAUGCUGACGGGGUGAAUGACUUUUUUAUCUCUCAGGCUGUAAUAGAAAACGCACGAGCAAAUGAAAUUUUAACGCAGGCCGCUUUCUUGAUUCCAUUUACAAGCAGGGUUAAAAUAUUCACUUCUCAACUAGCUGCAGCUAGGCAAAGACAUGGAUCUCAGGCUGUAUUUACUAGAAAUCGGUUCAGAAUAAGACGCGAUCAUAUCUUGGAAGAUGCUUAUAAUCAAAUGAGUCAGUUAUCAGAAGAUGAUCUUCGAGGACUGAUUCGUGUAACUUUUGUCAAUGAAUUUGGAGUUGAAGAAGCUGGAAUAGAUGGGGGUGGAAUAUUCAAAGAUUUCAUGGAGAACAUAACACGGGCUUCCUUUGAUGUGCAGUAUGGAUUAUUUAAGGAAACAGCGGAUCAUCUGCUUUAUCCAAAUCCUGGAUCAGGAAUGAUACAUGAACAACAUCUCCAAUUUUUCCACUUUCUUGGUACUCUUCUUGCAAAGGCUAUGUUCGAAGGGAUUCUAGUUGAUUUACCAUUUGCUACAUUCUUUUUGAGCAAAUUGAAACAGAAGCACAACUAUUUGAAUGACUUGCCUUCCUUGGACCCUGAAUUAUAUCGUCAUCUUAUAUUUCUAAAGCGUUAUGAGGGUGACAUUUCGGAUUUGGAACUAUACUUUGUUAUAUUGAAUAAUGAAUAUGGAGAGCAAACAGAAGAGGAGCUGCUUCCAGGGGGAAAAAACCUCCGCGUCACUAACGAGAAUGUUAUUACUUUUAUCCACCUUGUAGCCAAUCAUCGCUUAAAUUCUCAGAUUCGCCAGCAAAGUUCUCAUUUCUUGAGAGGAUUUCAGCAACUUAUUCAGAAGGAUUGGAUUGAUAUGUUUAAUGAGCAUGAACUUCAGCUUCUAAUAUCAGGAUCACUUGACAGCUUGGAUGUUGAUGAUUUGCGGCAGCAUACAAAUUAUGCAGGAAGCUAUCAUAGCGAGCAUAUUGUAAUUGAGAUAUUUUGGGAAGUACUCAAAGGCUUUUCAAUGGAAAACCAGAAGAAAUUUUUAAAGUUUGUGACAGGUUGCUCUCGGGGACCAUUGCUUGGAUUCCGAUAUCUUGAGCCUUUGUUUUGCAUACAAAGGGCUGGUGGUAAUGCUUCGGAGGAUGCUCUGGACCGAUUACCAACAUCGGCUACCUGCAUGAAUCUGUUAAAGCUUCCACCUUAUAAAAGUAAGGAACAACUAGAAACCAAAUUAUUGUAUGCCAUAAAUGCUGAUGCUGGCUUUGAUUUGAGUUAAAAAGGAGGCAUUGCAAAUUGCAAUUUACUCCAUAUAAAAGUUAGGUUUCCGUACCAUACCAAUAGAAGAUGACUCGCUGCUAGACAAUUGUCAGAGUGGCAUAGAACAGAAGAAUUAUCAGACGGUAUGAUGAGAACUGAGAAUAGAAGUGUCCUGUAUAUAUUCAUUUUUAUCUAUGUCAAAUAACGUUCAAAUGUAAAUAUACGUAAAGAUAUGAAUUAAUUUUGUAAUAUUCACUUUUUGGCAGGAUACUUUUCAUUUCUUGUACGUAUGACACUUUAAAUAGAUCUAUGCAAUAGGAUACAUAUAUUGCAAAGUUAAAUUUGUAUCGAAAUAAUAAUCGUUGGAACUAGAUAACGAUUUUAUUAUCAUCACCA